AUGGAGGGGUGCAGACGAUGUCCGCCUGCUCCCCAAGUUCUUUCUUGUCUCAGUCGAAAGCGCGAGUAUACUCUUAAGGCCUGGAAGUUGGUGGACCCAGAGAUGAUUCGACCUCCAGAAAGUCCUCCUCCAACUCUUUUUCCAUCGGGUUCCAGAGGUCCUCGAAAUGCAAAUUCUGUCGCCACAAGACCUCUUCACGUCCCCUUUGAUGCUAAUGAUAAAGGGACGAUUUCUUCUGGGACUGGGAGCGUUGUCACCUCGCAAAACAACGGUGUAUUGACAACGGAGCAGUCGACACUCCGAGUGACCGUGGCUAGGUACGUGGACGAGGAGGGAGAUCACAACCCGGAGACAAACUUCGUUGGUCGAAACAUCGUCUCCCGGACAGUCGCAUCCAGCACCUCCCCACACAUCACUCCCAUCGACCACCCGGACGGUUAG